AUGCACUCCUGUCGACAAAUAUUAUACAGCUCUGCCCGCUGGAAAGGUGUUGUUCCAGUGAAUCUUAAGUCAUCUCUAUUAUCUAUAAAAUCAGAUCAGUGUUCAAUAGAAUGUCGUCAAUACUCUGCUCGAAAGGGCUUUUUCUCUUCAAUAAUAGAAAACAUAAAGGAAGAUAUUGCAAAAAACAAAGAAAUGAAAGAAAGUAUUAAGAAAUUUAGAGAAGAAGCACAAAAGCUAGAAAACUCAGAAGCCUUACAAGCAGCUAGGAAAAAAUUCCAUGCAGUUGAGUCAGAAGCAUCAAAGAGCUCCGAAGUACUUAAAGAUACUCUAGAAGGGAUUAAAGGAAAGAUGGGCCAUGUCCUGGAAGAGGCAAGCAAAACUGAAAUUGCUAAAAAGGCUGGAAAGCUAACAGAGGAUCUAUCUAAAUCGGCUAAGGGUGCAGCUGAGAGUUUCGCUGAUAGGAGCCAAAAACUGGGUCAAACAUCUGCAUUCCGAACAAUUUCACAGGCCACCGAGGUGGUGAGAAAUGAGAUGUCCCCCAAAGGGUUGGAAGGUCGUGUCUAUACAUCCCCCAUGGCACUGCGAAAACGUGUUGAGGUGGCCGAAGAAGAGCGUACAUUUGCACCUGACACCGAAACUGUUGGUGUUGAACUUCACAAGGACUCAAAAUUUUAUCAGCAAUGGGAAAAUUUUAAAAACAACAAUCAAUAUGUUAACAAGGUAUUGGACUGGAAGAUUCGCUAUGAAGAAUCUGACAACGCAAUGGUGCGCGGAGCCCGUUUUGUCACUGAAAAAGUCGGCAGUUUGUUUGGUAACCUCUUCGAAAAGACAGAACUCUCUAAAACCCUAACGGAAAUAUGCAAAAUAGAUCCUAAUUUCACUUCACAGAAGUUUCUAGAAGACUGUGCGAAUGAUAUAAUACCAAAUAUUCUCGAAGCAAUGGUCAGAGGAGAUUUAGAGAUUUUAAAGGACUGGUGUUAUGAAGGAGUAUUCAAUAUUUUGGCUACACCAAUCAAACAGUGUAGGCAACUAGGAUACAGAUUAGACUCCAAAAUACUUGAUAUUGAAAAUAUUGAGCUUGUUAUGGGGAAAAUGAUGGAUCAAGGGCCGGUUUUAGUGAUAACAUUCCAGUCACAGCAGAUAAUGUGUGUCAGAGACUCCAAAAACAAUGUAAUAGAAGGGGACCCUAAUAAGGUGAUGAGAGUGAAUUAUGUGUGGGUUCUGUGCAGAGACCCACAAGAACUUAACCCGAAGGCUGCAUGGCGAUUGCUAGAAUUGUCAGCAAAUAGUGUAGAACAGUUGAUAUAG